UUCUAGACAAAGCGAGAAGUGUUGAAGAACAUAAAACAAAAAACGCAAGAAACAACAAAGUUAUUAAACAAAAUUCUAAUACUAGAAAAAUAUUACAAGCAAAAUAAAUAGUUUGGAAAUAAGCAAGAAAAGUUUAGUGCAUUUAAAAUAUAAAAUAAUUGGAAAAAAAAGUUUUGAAAGGAAAACAAAAAUAAAAAUCUUGAUAAUUUUUUGGAAAAAUCCAGUAUUCAAAGGAUACAAGACCAGAAAGUGCUUAAUGGGAAGUUAAUUGAUAACAGAUAUCAUAAUGAAGAGAUGCUUAUCAAAGUCAUCCGAAUUGUGGUAGGGGCAAUGAAUUGUUUAAAACAAUUCCCAAAAAUAUUUCUUACAAAUAGCCAAUUUUUAAUUUAAAAAUGCCAUGGAAGCAUCCAAAAGCCAUUAUUCUAUGGUCAGCUAAAUAAGGGUGUUAUUGAUUUUCCAUAUACACAUCCAAAAAUAUCCCCAAGAUACUGGAGCGAGUGUGAGAGUGAGUGAGAGCACCAGCAAAAAUAAGUGAGAAAAGGCAAAGAGCAAGAGCGUGCCUAUAAUCGCGGAGAACAUAACAACCUGUUUACAUGUUUUCUCUACUCGGCUCGCUCUCAGGCCAUAUAAACAAAACAAACCGGCAUUUUUGACAUAGAGGUCCUGUUUACCAAUUGUUGCAUGCUUUUCUAAGGGUAAUUUCUGCCCCCAGAGGAAGCAGUAACAACAACAAUAGCAGCAGCAGCAACAACAACAAAAGCAUUCUGAACAAGGGCAGCUAUACAAGAGGAAUAACAUUAGCCUUUGUUUACCAACAAAACAAACCGUGACUUCCGGUUUCAACCACCUCAAGUAAACGAAGAAGAAGAAGAAUAAACAACGGACUUUGGAAAUCUCAACAACCCUUUAAGAAGCAUAGAUAAACAAAGAAAUAUAAAUUAUCCUACAUAUCCUGUGGGGCCCCCCUAAAUGCCAGACGCAAGACAAUUAAAAUAAAUUGCAAAAAUCAAGAAAACAACUAAGGCGGAAAAAGAAGAAGACAAACAUCUGGUUGGGGGGCUCCAUUCAAAAAAUAAAACAGUCUUCAACACAUCUCGACAAUUAUUUUUGCACAAGUUCCCUACCAUAUUCUACACACUUUGGGCAUUUGCCUUCAAACUAAUUGUUAGACGUCCUUGCGAUUUUGCGAUUCCUUAAGAGAAAUUCUAAAUUUCUGUAUCGUAAUCAAAUUGUGAUAGUAGCCAUAACGACCAUACCAUGAAGUAUACUAAACAGCAACACAGUGACUCUCGCCAUCAUCAUCAUCACCACCAUCAUCAUCAUGGCCGAGGUGGUAGUGAGACAGGUGGCAGCAGCACCAGUGGCAGCCGCAUAUCCCUGUCGCUGUCAUCGUCUUCCUCGAAACGUGGCAAGAAACACAAUUGGGGUACACGAGAACGUUCGGGCAUGAGUUUCCUGAUUGUGAUAGCAUUUUUCGCUGUAUUCGGUCUAAUUAUUUUAACAGAGCUCUUUAUGAUAGACGAACGUGCUCAUGGUGGCAUGAUGAUGAUGCGUAGUGGCGGUGGCUAUGGCGGACGUUUUGGUGAUUCAAUGCCUGAUUAUGACAAUGUUAAGGAUGACUAUGAUCUCUUGGAUGCCGGUUUACUGAACGAUAAUAAAUUAGGUUUCGUCCAAUUACAUGACAAUAAAUUUAAAAUUCAAGAUGCUGCUGACAGCAAUAACGGGGGAACAGGACGUUUGGCCGGUGUCUUGUUAAACUCACAGAAUGGCGGCAAUGCUUAUGCUGGAGCUGGCCUCGGUGGUGGCACUGGACUGGGCGGUGGUUCAGCAAAUGGUGGCAAUGGCCCCCUAAUACCAUGGGGUAAAAUGCUGCCACCCAAGAUAGAGGACUCAUUGCCACGUUUUCCAAUUGGCUUUGAGCCAACGGAUGGCUCAUGGCAAAUUGUGAAUGGUACCCGUUUCAAAUUUUUCGUCUUCUCUGCCUACUAUGAUCGCAGGGAUGGAGCAAAGUUGGUGCGCAUUGUGGGAGCUACAAAGACACGUGGCCCUGAGCGUGUAUGGUGUCGUUUUUGGUAUGUUAACAAAAAUGCAACGACAGCAGCGAAUGCUGGAGCAGGUGGUGCUGGCAAAGCCCGUGAGAAAUAUACAUCUGCAACGGUUAUGGCUAGAGUUAAGGUAAUUCGCGAGAAUUGGAGUCUGAAAUAUAGCGCAUGUUUUGUAUUGUGCCCGGUACGUCCGCAAGAGUAUGAUGUUCCUCAAUAUGUGAGUAUUGUAGCGCGUCUGAGAGCACCACCGGGAAAUCUUUUGGAGCUACGCAAUACAGAUUGGGAUCGUGAUUUUGUGAUAAAUUCUGAUAAUCGAUCGAGCAGUCAAAGUUCUGCAGUGCCAGCUGCAUCAAAAACAAAUCAGCCACCAAUAGUGCAGUCGAAAUUCCCCACAGAUAACGAAAUCAAAGAUGACAUUGCAAUUUGUGUGAAGCCCUUUCACUUUAACUACGAUCAGUCCUUGUUCUUGAUGGAAUAUUUGGAAUUCUAUGCCCUAAUGGGAGUUUCACAUUUUACCUUUUACAAUCAUACCAUUGGCCCUCAUGCCAAUUGCAUAUUGGACCAUUAUGUGCGGGGUGAUAUACCAGGAAAUUCAACGGCCGAGGAUACAUUCGAUAUAAAUGCGAAUAAAGGUAAAUACUUAGAAACUCCAGAGGCUAGUUUGCCUCCUCCGAAGAUCUUCAAGAGUUCGAAUUAUCGCAAACCCACAGUAGAAAUAUUUCCUUGGAAUUUACGUAUGCGCUCUCAAAAGGAAAUACGCACUGAGGGGCUAUUUGCUGCCCUCAAUGAUUGUCUGUAUCGCACCAUGUAUCGCUACAAGUAUCUGGCAUUGGUUGAUUUGGAUGAGUUUAUUGUGCCCCGUCAGGUUGACACACUCAAUGAGUUAUUGAGUUCCUUAAAUAAUCGCACAAGAAAUCGUAAUACCGGCGCCUAUUCAUUUCAAAAUGCCUUCUUCUAUUUGCAAUUCGCCGAUGAUCCUCAAUUGGCUAAAGUGGCAAGCGGAGAAAGCUUAGAAUUGGCAAAGUUGAGAGCAGCACUGGUGACACAAAGAAAGACAAGAAGACGCUUUAAGCUUCAUCCCCAAAAGCAGCGUUCAAAAUACAUCUGUCGACCUGAGGCCGUUGUUGAGGCUGGUAAUCAUUUUGUGUGGGAAUAUGCUCCCGGAAAGGGUUCCCUUAAUGUACCACCAACAGAUGCCAUAUUGCAGCAUUAUAGGGUCUGUGAAUUUGGUGGUAACGACUGCAUUAAAGCCCCCUCCAUCAUUGAUCGUACCUCCAAUAAAUAUAUCAAUCGCCUUGUGGAACGAGUCCUUACUGUCUAUCGUUAUUUGAAGACGAAAUGUGAUUUGCCCGAGUUACCACCCAUACCAAAACCACAGACGCCGAAACCUGAAAUGAAACCCAUCAUACGCAAGGAUACCGACCACCACGAAGCCGCUGUGGUGAAACGCAAAGACGUCAUGACCAAAAAGAUUUUAGAAAAUAAGAAAUUGGAUGUUAAAAAGAAUAUCAAAAGAGACAACGAAGUGGCAAAAGUAGCAGCUGCCCAGAGACCACUUUCAAAAGCCAACUCGGCCAUAGUGUCAGCGAUAACAACGAUAAAAAAUUCUAAAGCGUCAUUAAAUGAGACAGCAUUAAAUGCUGGCAAAACAAAUAAGACAACGAUUGCAACAUCGCUACUGACAACGGCUGGAGGACAAAAUUCUUCAAGUUCCAUAACAUCAACGAGCAGCACGAAUCCCACAACAGCCACAAGCACACUGAUGACCACAACAACGACGAAGGAGACGACACCCUUGGAUGUAUUUACAGCAAAGAAGACCCACAAAGUUGUGGUCUUUUUUGUGGAUGACAAAGGAAAGCCUAGGGCACGUUUGGAGUAUCAUUAGAAGAAAGUGUAAUGUGAUCGAGAAAAGGGUUAUGUAGCCAAUAGUGUUGGCGCCCUUAGAGAUGGUUUACAGAAUCCCCCGCCUUCCUUUUCACUAUAUUUAUUUUCUGUUAUUAUUUUUGACUUUUCAGCUAUCUAAAAUAUGUCAGCAGGAUGAAAUCGAGCCUUGGGGAGAAAACGAACAAUCAAAUGGAUAUAUUGUACCAACUUAGUGAGAGGAACACUCACAAAAGCUUUACUGAAUAGUUAAAGAUGGUAACUGGAUAUCUGUCUAUUUGAAUAUUAUAACCAAGCUUAGUCUUGGAAAAUUGGAGUUUACCAUGGGGUAACAUUUGUGAGGUUUUCGAAAAAAAUAAAACUUGAACUGCUCCGCUCAUCGUUUUACUUUCUCAAAAAGUAUUCGAACUGAUGGUUCGGUUUAUAAACAGAUCUAUAACUCGGAUUCGACUAUCUCAAACGUUUUGGGUUUUCCCGAGCCAACAGUUUCCGGUGUCAACAGUUUCCCGAGUCAACAAUGUCUCAAGCUAAAAGAUUCUGAGCCCUCGGCAAUAAGUCGGCCCUAACGUUUGUCGCUACUGCAUUGGUGCCUGUCAUAUUAAUACUCCUAAGUGUCAUGUAGGCGUUUAUCGCCUACUUGCUGUAGAGUAAACACAGUCUUUAAGACUGCCUGACACUUUGGCUUUUAUGGGAGCAUCCAUUCCAGCCCUCUAAUACAUUCUGUCAAUACCGUAUUAUCAGAUGAAACACAGAGCAAAAGUACGGUGAUGAGGAGAUAAAGGAAGAGAACAGGAAGCAAGCGCCCAUCCGUCAAGCCGAUGUGUGUGUGUGCAUCCCCCGGAGGAUCACCUAUCCAAGUCCAAAGUUUACAUAUCUACGUGCACAUGACCGCGUCCACGAUGUGCGCGCUGUGAUUUAACCUAUCGUACAAUACCUGGUUAUGACGCCUACCAUAAUGCUAAGUGAUCUCUUGUCAAUUGCUAGCAACUAAUUUCAUAUUUCUUGAGCCGACGUGUAUAUCGGUGCCCCGGGUGAGCACCGGGAUUCCCCAAUCAAGGUGCAACUAAGUCUUAAUCUUGCAGCUCUAUGUACAUAUGAUCACGUCUAAGAUCUUAUUGCGUACCCCGUCACAAGCAUCCCGUCUUUACUAAGUUUUUGAUCAAAUGAUAAGCUUGAGCUCCCCCAUGUCGUCUCGUCUCACCCUUAUCAAGACAGCUUUUACAGUAAUCAUUAUACAGGUAUACUUCCAUAUGACAUCACACAGUACUUUAACUCUCGUCAUAGUGCUAAGUGACUUCGUCCUCCUUCGGUCGGAAGAGGGCCUGAGAAUCCUGGCAGUUCCGCGUCUAUAUAUAGAUUUCAACCUUGCCAUAGACUGCGAACUGGCCAUUUUCUGUACCAUGUUCAGUAGCUCGACAAAUGACACGUACUCUAGACUAGGGAUUUAUUCUCUCGCAAUAAACGAGCUAAUCCUGGCAUAUUUGUCCAGGUCCAAGUCUGCGCUGUAUCAAAAGCCUAGAAUUUAUUCAGGGACUCUAAACAUUCCACCAUGCACUUCGAACUGUUGGUGCUCCAAUCCAAGACCUUGAGCGUCGUCAAACUGUGCCGAUAAAUCCUGAGUUUUGAGGUCGGACUUAAGUUGCGGAUAUCCUAAUGGCACAAAUAUUUGCCUUAAGGACAAUAUACUCGUCCGGUAGUCCCAGCGACAUACCGAUAUCGGGUGCAUCAUAGUAGACGCUUAUUGCUGAUUCCAUCUAAGGUAAGAUUAAAGGGCACGCACUUGGGAACCGCAUUUGCCAACUGCCUCAGUCGGAGAUCUCUGGUCCAUUGUGUGUGUCCUAGAAAGAAAAGAAACAGGAGAGAGGAGAGAAACGAAAACGCCGUUAUAGAGAAUGAAAAAGUCUCACCGACUUGAGAGACUUCCAGAAUGCCUUGGGGAUCGAGAGACUGUAGAGAGCUCAGUGAAGAGAAGAGGUUUUCACCCAAAACCCUACGCGUUCUCCCCGACAAAGCUUGGCCACAGGGUCUUGGCAACCCUGCAGUCUACAACACCAGGCCACCCCGAGUCAGCACGUUCGUUACAGUGGGAAACCACCUUCCCAAAUACCAAACUCAAUGGAGGGUACCCCAUCGGCGUCGUCCUCAAAGAGUCUAUCCGCGACCCAAAGCUGGCCAGCUCGUCAGCCACUUCGUUACCCAGCAUAAUCUAACAGCAGCCUCCAAACGUUCUAGACGCUCCUUGCAUCUCCAGUCACCCAAGUCACAAUGACAGUCUGGGAGGACCGCCGCUCCUGACUUAGGACUACAUCCAAGGCCCUGAAGAUCGCGCCUGCAAGACAUUACACCCGUCCAGAAGUCUUCGUAACUCCCCAAUACCAAGAAAUUAAACAAAACCCACUGCACCGUGCUCCCAUCCAUCUUUGAGCCAUCCUUGUAGACAAAGGGACGUAAGAAUUGAGGGACGCCCCCAGACCAAAGCUCCCUCCCUAGAGAAAGGUCCACCUGGCACAUAGGCCGUCGUAUCGCCAAUGUUACAAAAACUCCUGCACGGUGCUCCCAUCCAUCUUUGAGCCAUCCGUGUAGACAAAGGGACGUAAGAAUUGUGGGACGCCCCCAGACCAACGCUCCCUCCCAAGAGAAAGGUCCACCUGGCCAAUGUCACGUAGGCAUUCCACGCCAGCAGCCUUCCGCGGAACAAACGUAUGCCCGAAAUGCAAAGAGGGCCAUGUCCCUGACUCUCUCAGUCUGACGGGCAGUUUUCAACACCUCGCACUCCACGUCCAAGUACAAAGGUUUCAGAUCAUGUAUAGCAUUCAGCGUUGCUCUUGUAACACUCCUCUUCGCCCCAAACCGCAAUACUCCGCACCCUCUCCAACAUACCGAAGACAAUCAUUUUCGAGAACCCGGUGCCAUACUAGGGACCUAUAGGUGAAGAUCGGCCGAACCACAGCAGUGUAAAUCCAGUGGACCGUACUCGUACUAUGUACCUAGCUCCUGCCCACCGUUUGACUUUCUUUUCAACGUUCCUUCUCCAUUUGAAUUUCUGGUCAAGAAAAAUGCCCAGGCCUCCUCAAGGACCGGUCCCCUGAACUCUCCAUACCUCUUAUUUCUCGAAGGACCUGAGAAUCCCUAUGGUAAUCAAAAGGUUAUCUCCCCAUAAGAGGGGGGAUAAAACCAACCUCCCUCCAUGCUACGCCCCCCCGGGUAACAAUCCCUCACCGAACCCUUAGCCAGUGAUGCAUUGUUAUUCCAUCCUUUAGCAUAACAUCAAUUCAGUUCACCAAGAGAGGGGGACUCCCAUUUCAACCAGAGAACCGUUAUUAAAAGACCCUUCUAUAUCCAAGAAGGCCGCCAAAGUGAAGUCGUUUGUCCCCAAGUUCCCCCCUAAGCAACCCACCACGUCAUCGAGGGUAUAGUCAACUGACUGACCGUUGCCGUAGGAGGAAUUCUAAAUAAUAUAUCACAUACUUCGACAUCACUCUCCUUGACUCCAAGAUCUUGAGUUCCCCUCCAUAUAACACUAAAACCUCGGGUCUCGAAUUCUCUUAACCCUUCCCACAAUUUUGCAUGUAGCUAUUGUAAUGGCACAGACCUCUGCCUAAUAACCCAGAUUUCCGGGAUAUCAAUGUCGAGUGCUUCGUAGUAAGCCACAAAUUUCGUCCCAAAUCUUGCAGUUAUUAGCAUAACUGCACCCCUCAGUUUUAGCUCCCCCCCAGAACUUAUGGAAAUACGUUGUUUCUGACAAAAUUUGCUAAUUUUAUUGUUUUUGAAAGGAUUUUAGCCCCCCAAACUCCAAAAAAAUGGCCUGGUUACACUUAUGGUUAAAUCCAAGGUCUCAUCGUUCUAAAACUCAGCUUCCGGCUAUCAAUCGUAGAAGGGAACGCGAAUCCUGAAAAUCCUAAUAUAAAUCGGUCUUAAUACCAGUUAUUUUGUAAAGAGGGCGUCGAUUCCGCCCAUGCCACAAUGCACAAAAGUCUAAGUAAGUAAUCGGCUUGUUGUGCGCUUCAAAGCCGAGAAGUAAUCUCAAACAAAGCUAUGUCAGGAAUUCCGUGCUGCUCACAAAAUCGUUAAUCGUUUUCCAUUUCAGGUCUGUAAGAUGAUUCAAGUUUUGUAUGGUAACCGCACCUUAGUGCAGGAGACUGCCAGCCAGGCUUUAUCAUAUAAAUUUUCUCUCAUCUCGUCAUAUUUGCCGCAUCUAUUCUGCAUAAGUGCGCUCAUAGUACUAUGUGGUCCCUAAUGAAAUGGAUAACCAUACCGAACACUUUCCUACUUCCUCUCUACAAUAGUACUAAGUGUCGCCGAAUUUCGCCACGAUUGACUACACAUUCACCAAGUUUACUGAUGGCAGUCUUUUGGCUUCUAUGGCCAAUUUGUCUACAUUUUCUCACCCUUCUACUCCGCUCUUGCUCAGGUACCCACAUCAUGCGAAUCGUACCAACUUAAAAGAAGGUGCUUAUCUCCCUCUUACACUGCUAGACCCACCGUGAACUUAUCGUCUUGGUUGUAUACCUAAUGGACAGAUUACUGUCCCUAACGAAUCUCAAACUCGAUGUCCCAGCGUUAACACCAUUUACUGGAUCUCCGCCUGCGGAAACAGAUCUUAAUCCCUGGAUACUCAAUGUAGACUUCCAGGCCCACUUUGUACUUUAGCCCAUGAACUUCCGGAUGGCAAUCCCAGACUUCCGCCAAUCCAAAACUGUGCUGGUGACAGGAAUGCCUCGGAAAAAGAGGUUUGCACGUGAAUCACGCGCGAGGUUCAAAUCCAAUCACAUGGUCAUACAUGACGGUGAUUGAAGUAAAACUAUCGUGCGUGAGCGUGAGUGAGUGAAAUUAUUCUCAGGAUAUGACUCACGAGAAAAUCAUGGUUCACGUCAUCUCAUGUUAGACCAAAACUAGCUUUCUUUCCUCUCAAAUGCAAAUUUUCCCAGGAACAUUCCAGUGGCGAACUUUUCACAUAUCAAUGAAUGCUGUCUGAUUUAAGCUCAAUGAUGGUAAAGUUCUUGAACGAUUUCAAUAUCAUGGGCGAGGCAGAGGUCGUAUUCUCUCUCUAGGCGCUCGUUGAAAAUAUUCUUGGUUUACUCGUCGUUAUACCAACCUUGUACUCCUCCAAUAUAACCGCCAAUGCGUAUACUGCACCUUCUCUAUAAUCCAGCCAAACACCGUUCGUUGAGCUACAAGAGAAUCGAGAAUUCCGUGUUUUACUCCAUCAAGCAAAAUCAACGGAUACAAAUUUCCCCCAAUCAAUAUAUCCACCGGGCCAGUCUGAUAGAAAUGAGGAUCAGCACAUUUCAAAUUUGGAUUAACUAUUGAGCCAAUUGACAAAUAGGCAAUUCUUGAACACUUCGCUAGACAUUCACCUCCUAGUUCCGUAAAUUCUGCUGAAACAGAUUUAGCGUGAUUUCAACAUACAGGAAAAUUUAAUAAUUUCUGCAUUUUAUGCGAAAUAAACGUAUCGCCCGAACAUGGAUCAAUUAAUACCCUUACUUUAUAAGAACACCAAUCACUUAUAGUAUAGAUCUACGCUGUAGCCAAUAUUGUUCUGUUCGACACCGAUGUAUGAUAUGACCCUUACUUCCUGAGACGUAGAAGACGCUUCUGUGGUCUGUAUUGUUUGACCCUGUGUCAUGUUUGAGCCAUUUCCUACGUUAGCGUGUAUUUUUUGUGUCGCCUUCAUUAUGUGUAGAAGAGAUUGAUGCUUUGCACCAUAAUUUGCACACACAUUUUUAUACCCACCACCGAAGGAUGGGGGUAUAUUCAUUUUGUCAUUCCGUUUGCAACACAUCGAAAUAUCCAUUUCCGACCCUAUAACGUAUAUAUAUUCUUGAUCAACCUAAAAAUCUAAAACGAUCUAGCCAUGUCCGUCCGUCUGUCCGUCUGUCCGUCUGUAUGUUGAAAUCACGCUACAGUUUUUAAAAAUAGAUAUAUUGAGCAGAACUUUUGCACUGAUUCUUUUUUUUUGUCCAUAAGCAGGUUAAGUUCGAAGAUGAGCUAUAUCGGACUAUAUCUUGAUAUAGCCCUCAUAUAGACCGAUCUCUCGAUUUAGAGUCUUAGGUCCAUAAAAGCAACAUUUAUUAUCCGACUUUGCUGACAUUUAGUACAGUGAGGUGUGUUAGGCCCUUCGAUAUCCUUCUUCAAUUUGGCCCAGAUCGGUGCAGAUUUGGAUAUAGCUGGCAUACAGACCGAUCCGCCGAUUUAGGGUGUUAGGCCCAUAAAAGCCUCAAUUAUUUUGCGAUUUUGUUGAAAUUUGGGACAGUGAGUUGUGUUAGGACCUUCAACAUCCUUCGUUAAUUUGGCCCUGAUCGUUUUAGAUUUGGAUAUAGUAACCAUAUAGACCGAUCUCUCGUU